AUGGCAAGGUUCCGCGUACAGGAGACGAUAGGAGACGAUGGUUUUGGUAUGUUUCACAGGUGUCUAGACAAUGAAGAUAACGGCAAGGCUGUUUAUGUGAAGUCAUGUUUCAUUAAAGAUGGCAGUGAAGGUGUUCCAAUCUCAUUAAUAUCCAAAAUUUCCCUUCUCAAACAGAUGAAACAUCCCAGAAUUACCAGAUUGCAGGAAGUUUUCUUCAGAAUCAAUCUCAGACAUGUGUUUCAAGUUUUUGAGUAUGCAGGUCCUAAUCUAAAAGUGUUCUUGAAGAGAUCUCCAGACACAGUCAGAAAUCGACAAUUAACAAAAGUGGGUGGUGAUAUUAUUAGAGAUAAUAGCUUUAUGCAUCAGAUUCUCACUGGAAUCUCUCAUUAUCACUCCAACAAUUUUCUCCAUGGAUGUUUAACUCCUUACCAUGUAGUGAUAGAUAUUGAAAAAAUCAGGUUGAAAGUGACAGAUGUUGGAAUGAUUGUACGUCCCUCAGGCAAGGCACCUGAAAUUCUGCUUGGUUUCAAAAACUACUCCUUUCCUGCUGAAGUAUGGUCCAUUGGUUGUAUAUUUGCUGAGAUGGUACUCCUGAAGCCUCUAUUUGACAGUGAAGAUGAUUUUAGUGAAACAAUCAAGAUUUUCAGGUUUAUGGGUACGCCGAAUGAACAAACCAUGCCUGGGGUGACUGCAGCACAUGAAUAUCUCCAUUGUUUUACAAAAACUGAACCUAAGGAUCUUUCACCAAUGUUCCGUAAUCACCUUGAGCCUGCUGGUUUAAAUCUUCUUUUGAGAAUGCUACGUCUGAAUCCGAGUGAGAGAAUCACGGUUGAUGAUGCGCUGAAACAUGAAUACUUCAGGAAUGUGUUUAUUCCAGAUCCAGAAUGA